AUGUGUGAGUUUUUUUGGGGCCAAGAAAAUUUGAAAAAAAAACAAGAAAAACGAGAAAAAAAAAACAAGACUUGAUUUUAGUUUGAAGCAUGAAAGUGUGAAAAUUUUUUUCCAAAAAAUUAAAAAAAACAUUUUUGGAAAUUUUCAAAUAGAAAUUUUUUAGCAAAACAAAAUUAGAAUCCACAUGGCAAAAGUUAAAAUUUUUCGAAAUCCAAAAAUCCAUCAAAAAAUAGUUUCCAGACUUCAACGAGGAGAAAAAUAAGCCCAAAGGAACGAAAUUCGAAGGCGGAAAAUUGGCGAGAAAAAUCCAUAAAAGUGUGGAGCAAUUGAAAAGACAUGAUCCGGAUGUUCAAGUUGCCAAAGAGCCUACAAAGGUUUGGAAUUUCAUAUUGGAAAUAUGAAGGGUGGGGAAAAUGGUGCUAAAUAUUGGAAAACUUGAAUUUUGAGCCGGAAAAUUGUGAAAAAAUACCGGGGAUUGAUUUUAAAUUUAAAAAUUGUAUGUCACAGUCAUUUUAUUUCUAAAAAAUACGAAGAUACUGUAUGCGCCUUGAAAAACGCAUCACCUAGUUUUUCACCUCCUUCUUCCCCUCCUGAAGUUAUACCUAGAAUAUAGACCUAAUUAAUAAUUAAUUAAUUAAACCAAAUCAAAUAUGAUUUUUUGUUUUUCUAGUAUCUUCUGGUUAGCAAUAGUAGUGUUCUUUGUGGUGUAACACUUGAAGAACUCGAAAAUAUAUUUCUGCCUUUGGAUCCACUUUGCGAAUUUAUCGUCUAUCCGAACAAAAGGUGGGGGUUUUCUUGAAGUUUUGCUGGAAAUUAAAUUUGUUAUGACGUGGCAAAAAUCCAAUGUUUCCUUCAGAUCCUACUCAUUCGUUCAAUGUUCUUCAGUCGAAUCAUCGGUAAAAAUCAGAAAUGAAUUGAAUGGUUUGGUUCAUCCUUCACUUUUAACAUCUCAUCAGCCAUUUAUUAUUUCGUUUGUUGAAAAUUGUGAGUUUUCUUUCGAAAAAUAUGAAUUUAAAAUGUCAAAUUUAAAUCUACAGUACCCGCUGCCAAAAAAUGUGAAAAUUUCCGGCCGAAUGAUUUGGAAAUACUCGAUGAUUAUAUAUCGGAAGAAUUGGAAAGCCAAUUGGUAGAUUAUCUUACGAAACACCAGAAUCUCGAAUCAUUAAAACAUCGUGCAGUUGUUCAUUUUGGUCAUGUUUUCGAUUACUCCACAAAUUCGGCAAAUGAAUGGAAAGAAGCCGAAAAGAUACCAGAAAUAAUCGAAAAAAUAGUCGAUCGAUUAUUGGAUGAUGGAUUCAUUACAGAGAGACCCGAUCAAAUAACAGCAAAUAUAUAUGAACCGGGACAUGGUAUUCCAUCACAUUAUGAUACACAUUCUGCAUUUAAUGAUCCAAUUGUUUCGCUUAGUUUAUUAUCAGAUGUUGUGAUGGAAUUUAAAGAUGGCGCGAAUUCGGCGAGACUUGCUCCGAUUCUAUUGAAGAAGAGAUCGUUGUGUUUGAUAAAGGGAGAAUCGAGAUAUCGAUGGAAACAUGGGUAAUUUUUUGUUUUUUGAAUGCAACGAUUUAUUUUUAAGAAAAAAACUUUUAGUACUCAGUGUAGCGAUAGAACUUAUAUCCCCCUUCGAUAUAUUUGUCCUUUUUCGCCAGCCAACUAAAAGCUAUUUUAUUGUUUAUAUAUUGUUUGAGUUCCAAAAGCCCAUCAGGUCUGAAUUUAGCAAUUCGAGUGUUCCAAAAUUCAGCCCAAUAUGCUUUCGAUCCUGUCACAGCUGAUAUAUAUCUUUCCUGCAAUCUUUGAACUUCUUCUGCGGUGAAUGAAUUGAUUUGUUCUAUCUCAAAAUCUGAAAAAGUUGAUGGAUUGUUGAAAGAGAUAUAUCGGAAAGUAAUCUAACAACCUUUAUGAAGAAUUGUUCCAUUCGCAAAAUGACAUUCAAAAUCAUCAUGAACAAUAUCCACAUCUCGCACCAUAAAAUGUUUUCGUUGUGAGGUUACAAAUCUUUGAACCUCUUUCCGUGCAUCCAAACUGAAACCAAACGAAACCAACGAGAAAAAUAUCAAUAUUUUCAUGAUUGACAAUUUCGAUGGAAUGUGGUUUUGUUUUUAUACAACUCGAAAUCUCAUCAAUUUAAUUUUUUAUUUGAAUUUGAUUGAUAAUGCGAUUUUCAUAUUGAGACUUUUUUCGGAAAAUAACGAAACAAAAAACAAAAUUUGUAUUAUUUUUGUAUGUUUGAAAAUUAUCUAGGUUUCACAAGACUGAAUUUAGCUUCAGAAUAAUUUUCAUGAAAAUCUGAGGGAUGUAUUUUUGACGCCGAAAAUCCACAUGUUUUGAGACCAAAUAGGCUUUUCAGAAUGUGCCACGUCAUAACUCAUGAUAAAAAAUCCUGUUUUCCAGAAUCGUCAAUCGAAAAUAUGACGUAAAUCCUCUGACAAAUCGAGUGAUUCCACGACAAACUCGAGUUUCGCUAACUCUUCGAAAAAUCCGCCGAAAACCGUGCGAAUGUAAUUGGAAAGAAUUUUGCGAUUGGAAUCGAAAAGGUGAAAUGUCGGUGCCGAAUGAUGAGAAUUUGGCGAAAAAGUUGGAGAAUAAUUAUGUUAGUGAUGUUUAUGAGAAUAUUGCCACGCAUUUUGAUGAAACGAGACAUUCGAGUUGGAAAGCUGUUAAAAAGUAGGCACUUUUUCUUGGAAAUGGGGAUUUCAGAAUUCUGACAUGAGUUAUGACGUGGCAAAUCUUGAUUUCCUUCAUUUAAAAACGCGGGGAAAAUACGUUUCAAAAUAUAUUGAUAUCUAAAUUCAAAACUUUAAAUAUUGAUCGAUAAAAUUUGAUUGUUUAAUAUUUACCUUUCUGAAAAAAAAAAUGAAAAAAAAUCCAAAUUUUUUUUUGUUUUCAGAUUUAUUGAUGAUAUUCCACGUGGCAGUAUUUUAUAUGACAUUGGUUGUGGAAAUGGUAAAUAUUUGAUACCAAAAGAUGGUCUCAUCAAAAUUGGUUGUGAUAUGUGUCAAGGAUUAUGUGAAAUUGCUGCGAAAAAAGAGUGCAAUGUAUUUCGAUGUGAUGCACUUUGUCUACCAUUUCUCGAUAAUUCAUCGGAUGCUGUUAUAUCAAUUGCAGUUCUUCAUCAUAUUGCGACAUUUGAGAGACGGCGGAAAAUGAUUGAGGAAAUUAUUCGAGUUGUUAAACCGGGUGGAAAGUUUUGUGUGACUGUUUGGUCGAUGGAUCAAUCGGAAUCGGAAUAUGCCAAAAUGAGGGGGAAUAAGGUUUGAUGCCGGGAGCAUUUUUGAGAGGGAAAAUAUUACAAAUUUUAGACGUUUUUUGAGACUAGAUAAGCCUUGACUGAAAAAUUUGAGAUUUUUUGACAGCAAACAAUCCUAGGUUGAUUUUGGCACCUAAAAUUUGGAUUUCAAUUUUUUUUGCGUCAAAAUUCCCCUUAUACCUUUAUUUCACUUCGAUUAAUCUUCUAAUUUUAUUGCCGGGAAAAAAUACGUUUCAAAAUAUUUUCAUAUUUUUGUGAGAUAUUUUCUGAUCGCUUUGUUUUCGAAAGAAGUGAAAAAAUUUAUAUUGAAAAAAAUUCCGAAAAAUCUGCACUUUCCGCUGAAAUCUAUAUUUAUUUAUCAAAAAUUAUUUUUUUUUCAGGACGAAAUUGAAAAUGUGAAGGAGAAAGAAGAUCGAUUGAAAGUUCACGAUGGAAAAGAUUUUGAACAACAAGAUGUUUUGGUUCCAUGGAUAAUUGAUCAGAAAGGAGAAACUUUUUUGAGGUAUUUUUUGACAAAAAUUCAGUUUAAAGUGUCUAUCAGUGAAAAACAUCCCUUCAAAACUAUAUGAAUUUUUCGAAACAGACAAAUUUGAUUCUGCUUAAAAAAGGAAUUUGACCGGAAUUUCAAAACUAUCAAAAUGUAAUUUUUCAAGUUUGAAUUUAUUAAUUUUUUGAAACAGUGAGAAAUUAUCCAAUCAAUUUAAGCUUUUCAAAAAAAAUCAAUAAUUCUCAAAAUUUCCAGAUAUUAUCAUGUUUUUCGAGAAGGCGAAGCUGAAAUUCUCAUAAAUUCAAUUGAUUCCUGCAAAUUGUUGAGUGUUGAAAAAGAACAGGGAAAUUAUAUUGUUAUAGGUCAAAAAUUAUAAUUUUUUUGAAUUUUCUAAGUCUUGUUGUUUUUGUUAUUCACUUUUUUUGAAAUAAAUUUUUAUUGUUUGAGAUUUUUUUCAAAAAUAUUUUUUUUACCCAAGAAUUUUUUGAUUCCUAUGUGAUAUAUAUUUUUGAGAUUUUAUUUUUUUCGUUGAAAUUUUAUUUGUGGAAUUUUCAGCUUGGAAUUUUAGAAUUAAGCAAAUGGAUUUGUUGUUUGGUGAGUUUGAAAUUUUUCAGGAAAAAAUUCAUGUCAGAUGUUUUCAGGUGGAAGUUCUGGAAGUUCAGACGAGGAAGAUGGAGAGGCUAGAGAAAUCAGGAAAAAAGAGGAAUUGGAAAGAAGAAAACGAGAAAUUGAAAUAUAUGAAGAAGAAAAGAAAAGAGAGGAAAAUGAACAGGCAGCCAAAAAGAGAAGUUGGUUUUUUUUUGUUUUUGGAAAAUUAUGGGAAGGCUGGGAACUUGAAAAAAUCCCGAAGUUCUGAUGAGCUGAAAAUAUAGUUUACAAUUAGAAUUAAAUUUGAAAAUUCUGUUUUUAGGUUCAGAAUUUUGGUAUUUUUUGAAGAUCCGUUUUUAGAAAGUUUUGGAGCUCUAGAUUUUUCUGAACUACUAAAAACUUUCGAAAAAUAAAUAUUGUUUUUUUUUUCAGGAAUAGCGUUGGUCAAUUUUUCGACAGCUCUUGAAUGGGAAAAUGUGACAAUUGGAAACGAGGAAAUACUUGCAAAAUACAAUAAUUCGAUACCAAUUAUCAAUCAACAUUUUAUGGGUGAAAAUAAUGAAUUUGAAGAGAUUUUGCGAAAAAUUGAUGGAUUCGAAGAUUUGAAAAGUUUCAUUUUUUGAAAGACAACAAAAUCUUCGAAAUAAUUAUCAAAAAAGAAGAAAAUGAAGAGUUUUUGGAAAUUCACAAUAUUCUAAAUCAAUUUGAAUUCAAAAUUUUGCGAGCUUUGACGAGAACAACGAAUAUUGGAACAUUGAAACAGGAAGAAUAUGAUGAAAAUUCGGGGAUUUUUGAGAAAUAUUGGAUGAAAGCACAUGAUAUUAUGUUGAAACAGAAGGAGGAUAAAUUUCGAAAAAUUCAUGAACUUUUUGAAAAAGAUGAAUUGGAAAAACAAAUUGAGAGAAGACAAGUUGUUGAUGAAACAAGAAAACAGUUUGAGGAGAAUUUCAAUAAAGUUGAUGAUAUUGAUUGUUUGAUUGAUGAAAUUGCGGUGAGUUUUUCGACAUUUUCGGAAUAUCGAUUUUGACACGUUGUAUUUCUGAGAUGAGUUAUGACGUGGCAAAAAUUUAUUUAAAAAAAACUUGAUCUGAAAUUUUUACUACCUGAAAUGUUAACAAUUAAAAAAACAAAAUUAUUUUUUGAAUUGGAAAAUUUUCCGCGAAAAAAUACGUUUCAAAAUAUUCAUAUAUUUCUGUAAGACAGUUUUAAAAUCAGUGUUUUUUUGCCGUACCGGAGUAAAAAAAGAGAACAAUUCUAGUUUUUCAAGUUUUGAAUUGUCAAAGUCCUAGGUGGAUUUCUGAAGCCAGUUCUAACUUUGCCAUGUCAUAAUUCAUUCCCAAGCAUCAAAAAAUCUCAAAUCUUUCUAAUUUAUUGUUUUUAAUUCAUUUCAAACUAUUAAUUUACUUAUAAUUUUAAAGGAAUUCACUCUGAAUGAUUCGAAUCCAAUUCGAGAAACAAGUCCACCACCACUCAACAGAUUAUUAUCCUCAAAAUCGAUGGAAAAAUUGUUGGAAGCUUCACAACAUAUGCAUAUGGAUCGAAGAUCAUAUUUAGAUUCAUCGAGAAUUUCGAAAAAUCGAGAAAAUUCUGAAGAAUUGGCAAGUUCCAGUGAUUCCGAUGAUGAUAUUCUUGUUAGUUUUGAAAACAUUGUAUUGGAUUUCACAAUUUUGUUAAUUUUUUCAGGAAAUUCUAAAAAAGGAAUUACGUGCUCCUAGAAUAGUUAAACCAAUUGCUCAGCCGAAUAUCGAAUUCAAUUUGGAAAAUGUGAAAGAAGAACCAAUGGAUAUUUGUACACAAAAAGAAGAUAUCAUGAGAAAGAAACAUGUGCAUUUUGUUGGUUAGUUUUUCUGAUUUUUUGAAUUUCCUGGAAUUUAAUUAUGUCUCACAAAAAUAUAGAAAUAUUUUGAAACGUAUUUUUUCGCGGAAAAAUUUUCAAUCCAAAAAAUUGUUUUUUUUUUUAAUUUUUAACAUUUUAAGGCUUUUAGGGCCCAUAUUUUAGAGCGAACUUCAGCAAAUCAAAUUUUUUUAAUCAGGUAGUCUAGAAUUUUUCUCUGAUUUUUUUUCUAAUAGCGGGCCUGCCAAGACUGAUUUAAAAAUUCAUUACAAAAAUAUAGAAAUAUUUUGAAACGUAUUUUUUCGCGGAAAAUUUUCCAACUCGGAAAAUAUUUUUUUUGAAUUUUUCAACAUUUUCAGGCUUUUUUAGGGCCCUGAUUUUAGAGCGAACUUCAGCAAAUCAAAUUUUUUAAAUCAGGUAGUCUAGAAUUUUUCUCUGAUUUUUUUUAAGAUAUCGGGGCUUAAACGACUGAUUCAAACAUUUCUUGCAAAAAUAUAUGAAUAUUUUGAAACGUAUUUUUUCGGGUCUGAAAAUUCAGGAAAUUUGGACAUAUAAAUCCUCUUCUUCAAAAUUUUGAAAACAAAUAUUUCCAGAUUUCUCAAGCCCAUUGAAUAAAAUGCGUCUAUUUUGUCAUCCACUCGAUUGGUAUACAAAUGAUGGAGAUGAUGGAGUGACAUUAGCACACGCUGAUUAUACUUUAAAAGAUGGCUGGAAUUAUUUAAAAACACAUAUGGAGUUUCCAUAUCAAAAGGUUGGUUCAGCUCUCAGGGAGCAGAUCUUUGACAGCAAAAUAUUUUUUCCGAUUAGUUUUUUCUCUAAUUUUUUAAUUUUUUCACAGAUUCGUCAUCCUCUUUUCAGACUAAAAUAUAAAGAAAAAAGGACUAUUAAGUUUUCGAGAAUUCUGGAGGAUUGUAAGUUUAUUUUUACUUCUUGAAAUGUAAAAAAUGUUAUUUCACAGUGAGUCUCGUUGAAAACUAUGAAGGAAGAUUGGGUUCGCGUAUUUGGUAUACAAGAGAGAAUUCGAAUGAAUUUGUGCUAAGAUAUGGAUUGCAGGAAGAUUAUACUGCUAAAGAGGUAGGUUGGGCCAAUUAAUUUGAAAAAAUCAAAUAUUUUUCAGCUCGCACUUUGUGUUUCGGAUUUGUUGAGUGACGUGGCUCACGCAUUUCGAAAAUGUUUUUGGAGAGAUGUAUUUCCGAGAAGAAUGCGACACACUAGAAGUAAUGAUUGUGUUCCUACCGGUAUCAAGUUAGUUUAAAUAAAUGGUCCCAAAACACUGUUCUUUUUCAUAGUAUGUAUUAAAAAUGGGUUUUUUAUUUAUUGGAUCCUCAUAAAGCCAAUAAUUCUGAUUUUUGUGCAGGCGAAGACUUCAAUUAGAAAAUGAUGAAUCACCUGACAAACAUCACGAUUUGGUGGAACGUUUUCAGGGAGAUGGAGAUCUUUGUGGAAAAAUCUCAAGUUGGUGAAAAAAAAUUAGAAACAAAAUUUCUUCAAAAACUACUUCAGCUUGUUUGAUUUUGAGCGAUUGGCGACUUUUGACUGUUUUACACCUGGUUUUUACGAAUACGAAUUUGAAAUUGUUUCCAUCGCAACUUGGAAAUGUUUUCUUGUGAGUUCUGGAAAAAUUCAUAUCCAAAAUCACAUUUCUUUUUUUUUGCAGCCACACAAUGAUGGAAUUUCUCAAAGAGAUUUUUUCUCAUGAUUGGAUCGAAGUGAAAACAUUGGUAUUUGCAUUUGGCGGACAUCCGAAUUUCGAACUGAAAACAAUUUGUGAAUUUUUGGUUUUUGUUGCAAAAUUGACGGCUGGCAGAAAUGUGGAAAUUCAUUGGAUUUCGAAUUCGUGGAUUGAUGAGGUUAACAUUUUUUGGGGGGAUUUUUGAAAGAAAGAAGUUGCAUUUAGGACACGAAGAAUACCGUGGAUGACGAUUUUUCCGAAGAACACAAUGAAUUGAGAGAAAUUAACAUAUUGAAUUCGGAGGUUCAAAAAUUCGUUGGCGAAAUGAAAGAGAGAGGAUUUGAGUGAGCAAUUUUUUUUGGAAAUUAUUCAAACAAAUGUUUUUCAGAAACGUGAAUUUUAUCGAUGUUUCGCAAAAAAUUAGCGACAUUUCUAGAAAAGUUAAAGAGAAAGAUGAAGAAGAUAUAUAUGCAUUGGUUAGAGCUAUGUAAGUAAUUCUGGAAAUCUCGAAAAUAGUUAUGACCUAACUUCAAAAAUGUACAUUUUCAGCGAUUUCCUAUAUAUUCAAACACUCAUGGAAAAGUGCAAUGUGACAACAAACAGUAAAUAUCAUUUUGAACGGGACAGAGAAUAUACAAAAGAAUAUGCGGAGGAUAAAUUGAGACCAUUAAUCAAUGGAUCAAUGUUUUAA